AAAAAAUUGACGCAUUCUGACACAGUCAAUCAUUUUAAUAAUUAUAUAUAUAAAAAAAAAAUUUAAAAAAAAUUCUAACAUAAAAAUGAAACAACCGGCGUUAUUUGUCUGCGUGGUAGUAUUGCUUCUAAAACUUAUGAACACAGAUGCACACAUUAAAUCAUUUCACGCAGACAAUUCGCUGUUGUCUCUACCGUUGGGACAACAAUCGGAAUCAGCUUUCGGUCAAUUCGACUUAAAGACAUCACUAGCCGUCAAAAAAACCGUAGCGUUUAUGACAUUUCUAUCGUCCAGCCCGAAACUGCUGUGCCUAGUCCCGCCGUUUUUAAUAACGGAUUUCCUCACACAACUUUCGUGUAAUCCCACAGUUCUGCAUUCUAUACCGCGUCACGUGAUAACGGGAUUCAUGACCUCGUUGUCGGCCAACCCGACUCUCAUUAGUGGAAUACCUCAAACAGUAUUCGUAUCGUUAAGCAACACGUUGUCCAUCGGACCGUCGGCGGCUACGGGGACCGUCUUGCCCGCCGGGUCACCAAGCACGGAAGUCGUCGGUAACUCGAAUGGUGGCCCAUCUGCACCGUCCGCGGUGCCGCAAUCGCCUGCAGUUCAGGUGAGCAAAACCGUCGAUGCCACCGUAAUUCCGGCUGGCCCAUCUGCACCGUCCGCAGUGCCGCAAUCGCCUGUAGUUCAGGUGAGCAAAACCGUCGAUGCCUCCAUAACGCCGGCUGGCCCAUCUGCACCGUCCGCAGUGCCGCAAUCGCCUGUAGUUCAGGUGAGCAAAACCGUCGAUGCCUCCAUAACGCCGGCUGGCCCAUCAGCACCGUCCGCAGUGCCGCAAUCGCCUAUAGUUCAGGUGAGCAAAACCGUCGAUGCCUCCAUAACGCCGGCCGUUCAGCCUGCAUCGGCUGCGCCCGUUUCACCCGUAGUCGCGGUCAGCGCCGAUGUUGUUGCCGCCAUAUCGUCGUCCGGUUCGCCGUCGUCGCCCGCACAUGAUUUGUCCGGUGUUUCUGUUACAAAGGAAGUCGCCGUUACCAUUGCACCAACAGUUUCGUCAACGGCCCCCUGUUUACCCACGGAUUUACCCACGACCAAUAGUCCAUCACCGCCAAUCGCAUAUCCACCAGUAGGUGGACCUUCAGGACUUCCCGAACCGUGUGAUGAUAUAAAACCACCGUCGCCAUUUUCGAUACUGCCAUCGUUUUUCAACAAGGGAGCCGGUAUUAAUAUAUUAGAAUCUAAAAUCGAAUCAAUUCUAAAACUAUUUGCAAGUGGUAACUUAAAGUUACCGCAAUUGCACGUACCUACUGUACCUCAAAUACCUGUUGUACCCCAAAUACCUGUCUUACCCCAAAUACCCGCUGUACCCAAAAUACCCGCUUUACCUAAAAUACCUGCUUUACCCCAAAUACCCGCUUUACCCCAAAUACCUGCAAUUGUAAGUAAACCUAAAAUAUUUGUUCUAUUACCCGCUCCAUUAAUUGGUAAACAAAUCGAAAUACAGCCCGCGCAGCUUAAGAAACUUUACUAUCAACCAGAAACUUUAGAUAAUAUUAUUAAUAUUAUUCAUAAACGUCUACCCACUCCACACAAAUUGAGCUUGCCCAAAUUGCCCGCGCUUACAAGUAAGCCAAUCAAAUGUCUUCCGUUAUUCUCAAAAGUUCCUUGUUAAUAUUCUCUGGUAUAAAUUAGCCCGGUUUAUUUUCCCCGAAAACACUCAUCUCCAUUUUUAAUGUAUUUAUUAUUUUUUUUUUUGUAUUAUAUAAUUAUGUUAUUGUAAUUUAUUUACAAAUUAAUUAUUAUUGACUUUUAUUUAUUUCACAUCAUUAUUAUGUAUUUAUGAUUUAGACUAUUGUGAUAAUAUACGUGUACAAGUAUAUUCGUACACUAUAAAACGAAUAAAAAUCAUUUUUUAAUGUAUUUGCUAAUCAGCGGUUUUGUUACAAUAAUAAUAUUAAUAAUAAUAAAAACUAUGUUGAAUUAUUUC